GAGAGAGCGAGGGAGACGGGGAGAGAGAUAUGGAGAGAGCGAGGGAGACGGGGAGAGAGAUGUGGAGAGAGAUAAACGCAGCAUCUCAACGUAGGAAAAUAAUGUAAAACACGUUAUAUUUUGUGAGUUUGUUGGCAAGUCAGCGCUGUGGUUGUCAACAAGAGAGCCUUAAAGUGGACUGAGAAGCCCAAAGAGUUAGAAACGAGGGAAACGCUCCCUCGUAAAAGUUCAGUUCUGACUGAGGUUCUGCUGCUGAGGUGUGCACGAGACUCCGCUAGCAUUAGCCCCAUCGGCUAACAGCACUCCGGUCAGCUAAAGUUCGCUUCCCCAGUGGACUGAAUCAGCGAGACUGAGUACCAGGUACAAGUGCACCGUUUUCACCUCCACCAUCACCAGAUAGCGGUCUGAGCUGCCGCGAGGCUCAGACUUCCUCUGGCAACGCUGGAUUUCCCUCUCAGAAGCAAGACUGCAGCUCUCUACUCCAUUCCACUCCACGGACCUGAGUAGGCCAAGUGUUUCUUCUGGCGCGAAAGUUCGCGAAGCGGCCAUUUAGUUGAGGCCACAACGUUCUCUACAAGCAGCUAUUCAGGCCUGCAACGUACACACACAGACACUACAGAAAAAGGGAAAUGAAAAUAUUCUCCUGAAAUUCAUCACCAACAACCAGGAUAUUUAUCAAAAGAUCAAAGUUAAACUGCUGAAAGAGGUGAAGCACAAGCCAUCCAGAAGAAUCUCCAGAACACGCAGAAAUUGUUUGCUACAUUUAACAGACAAAUAAAGCAAAGUCCCGACAUGGAGAAACAUCAGCACUCUGUCAAGAGUUUUACUAAACAGAGUGAUCUCAAAAAACACCAGCGCAUUCACACAGGAGAGAAACCGUAUCAAUGCUCAGACUGUGGAAAGAGUUUUAAUCAACAGGGUCAUCUCAAAAAACACCAGCGCAUUCACACAGGAGAGAAACCGUAUCAAUGCUCAGACUGUGGGAACAGUUUUAAUCAACAGGGUAAUCUCAAAAAACACCAGCGCAUUCACACAGGAGUAAAACCGUAUCACUGCUCAGAGUGUGGGGGGAGUUUUAAUCGGCAGAGUCAUCUCCAACAACACCAGCGCAUUCACACAGGAGAGAAACCGUAUCACUGCUCAGACUGUGGAAAGAGUUUUAAUCAACAGAGUAAUCUCAAACUGCACCAGCGCAUUCACACAGGAGAGAAACCGUACCACUGCUCAGACUGUGGAAAGAGUUUUAAUCAACAGAGUCAUCUCAAAAUACACCAGCGCAUUCACACUGGAGUAAAACCAUAUUACUGCUCAGACUGUGGGAAGAUUUUUACUACCCAGAGUGAACUUAAACAACAUCAGCGCAUUCACACAUUAGAGAAACCAUAUUACUGCUCAGACUGUGGGAAGAGUUUUACUACACAGAGUGCUCUCAAAAUACACCAGCGCAUUCACACAGGAGAGAAACCGUAUCGUUGCUCAGACUGUGGGAGGAGUUUUACAGCACAGAGUAAUCUCAAAAAACACCAGCGCAUUCACACAGGAGAGAAACCGUAUCACUGCUCAGACUGUGGGAAGAGCUUUAAUCGACUGGGGACUCUCAAACUGCAUCAGCGCAUUCACACAGGAGAGAAACCGUAUCACUGCUCAGACUGUGGGAAGAGUUUUAAUCAACAGAGUCAUCUCAAAAUACACCAGCGCAUUCACACUGGAGUAAAACCAUAUUACUGCUCAGACUGUGGGAAGAUUUUUACUACCCAGAGUGAUCUUAAAAAACACCAGCGCAUUCACACAGGAGAGAAACCUUAUUACUGCUCAGACUGUGGGAAAAGUUUUACUACCCAGAGUGCUCUCAAACAACAUCAGCGCAUUCACACAGGAGAGAAACCGUAUCACUGCUUAGACUGUGGGAAGAGUUUUACUAAACAGAUUAAACUCAAAAUACACCAGCGCAUUCAUACAGGAGAGAAACCGUAUCACUGCUUGGACUGUGGGAAGAGCUUUAAUCGACUGGAGACUCUCAAACUGCAUCAGCGCAUUCACACAGGAGAGAAACCGUAUCACUGCUCGGACUGUGGGAAGAGCUUUAAUCGACUGGAGACUCUCAAACUGCAUCAGCGCAUUCACACAGGAGUAAAACCGUAUUCCUGCUCAGACUGUGGGAAGAGUUUUACUACACAGAGUAAUCUCAAAAUACACCAGCGCAUUCACACAGGAGAGAAACCGUAUGAGUGCUCAGACUGUGGGAAGAGUUUUACUACACAGAGUUAUCUCAAAAUACACCAGCGCAUUCACACAGAAGAGAAACCGUAUCACUGUUCAGAUUGUGAGAAGAGUUUUGCUACACAGAGUCAACUUAAAAAUCACCAGCGCAUUCACACAGGAGAGAAACCGUAUCACUGCUCAGUCUGUGGGAAGAGUUUUAAUCAACAGAGUCAUCUCAAAAAUCACCAGCGCAUUCACACAGGAGAGAAAACGUAUCACUGCUCAGACUGUGGGAAGAGUUUUACUAAACAGAGUGAUCUCAAAAAACACCAGCGCAUUCACACAGGAGAGAAACCGUAUUACUGUUUCGACUGUGGGAAGAGUUUUACUCAACAGAGUAGUCUCAAAAUACACCAGCGCAUUCACACAGGAGAGAAACCGUAUUACUGCUCAGACUGUGGGAAGAGUUUUAAUCAACAGGGUCAUCUCAAACUGCACCAGCGCAUUCACACAGGAGAGAAACCAUAUUACUGCUCCGAUUGUGGGAAGAGUUUUACUGAACAGAGUAGUCUCAAACUGCACCAGCGCAUUCACACAGGAGAGAAACCGUAUUACUGUUUCGACUGUGGGAAGAGUUUUACUAGACAGAGUAAUCUCAAACUGCAUCAGCGCAUUCACACAGGAGAGAAACCGUAUUACUGUUUCGACUGUGGAAAGAGUUUUACUGAACAGAGAAGUCUCAAAAUACACCAGCGCAUUCACACAGGAGAGAAACCGUAUUACUGCUCAGACUGUGAUAAGUGUUUUACUACACAGAGUUAUCUCAAACUGCAUCAGCGCAUUCACACAGGAGAGAAACCGUAUCACUGCUCAGACUGUGGGAAGAGUUUUACUAAACAGAGUAAUCUCAAAAAACACCAGCGCAUUCACACAGGAGAGAAACCGUAUCACUGCUCAGACUGUGGGAAGAGUUUUACUCAACAGAGUCAUCUCAAAAAACACCAGCGCAUUCACACAGGAGAGAAACCGUAUCACUGUUCAGACUGUGGGAAGAGUUUUACUUUACAGAGUGAACUUAUAUUACAUCAGUGCAUUCACAAAAGAUAGAAAAGUAUCCCAAAUCUGUUCCUCUGCCAUAAAAAAUGCAAACCUUAAAUCUUUCAGACAGCCAAAAACACCUCAUCAUGCACAAAAUCUUCACUCUGUUACAAGAACUUCAUUUAAAAAUGGCUUUUUACAGGUUCAGAAAAAUGAAUCUUAUCCAGAGAUGAUGUUUACUGAAUUUCAUGCUGUGUUUUUAUGUAUGUUUGUAUACCUACAUUAGUUAAUGCCUGCAGAGCUCUUCAACACUUAGUGUUGUGUUUUAAGAAGUUUUUACACACAGAAUCAUAAAUGGUACCACUAACAGCAUAAACUAGGAACAUACAUUUUUACAAUUUUUCAGUGAUAUGCUGAAUAAAUAGUAAAGCGAUGAUGCUAGCUCAGAGUAAAAUGGUAUAUUAAAUCUCAGCAUUAGCUUUAGAACUAAUAAUAAACAAAAGUGAGGAUUUUAUCAUUCUGGGACAUUUUUAGGUUUAAAAAUUGAAUAUGCUUUGCCAUAAGUAGGAAAUGAUCAUUUGGUCAACUUAUGUCAUUUACAGCCUUAACACAUUCUCAAUUGUUUACAUAUAAAAACUUUCUUUAUUUUUUCCUCCACUCCACGUUUGUAGUUGUAGUUGGAGCGAGGGCACUGCCAGUGUUUGCUCCAGAUGUUAGAUUAGCAUUACUUAGUCUUUUAAAAUGUAGAUGUCAUAGUUUAGUAGGAGUAGAGUAUUCUUAGGAGUAGAGAAUAUUCUUAGCUUGCAACAAAAGGCCAACAAAAUCCUUUUCAGAGUUAAAAAAAAAAAAAAACGGUCUAGCUGUAGUUUCCAUACUGAAAGCAACACUCAGCAGGCUAUGCAGCAGUAAGACUGCAGGAUCCUUGAUUCCCUCUACUGCACAUGUGUCAAACACAAGGCCCGCGGGCCAAAUGUGGCCACAUCCAAGCGAGAGCUUGUAAGAUCUUAGUGUCUAUAAUAAAUAGGUCAGAAGCGUUCUUUGACCAAAAACUACUUUUCCCACAAUGCUUGAUUGUAUUACCCGCGAAGUUACGGCUUACUGCCACUACAGGGCAGUGUAGUCAUUGAUGUGGAAACCCUGCCGGAGGGAAGGCGUAACUUCGCGGGUGGAAUUGAGACAUACAAACGUUUAUCCCAUAAUGUCCAGAAAAAGAAAAGUUGCAGACGGACGGCUGUGCUUCAAGGCGAAAGUGUCUCUCUGACAUAUCCUCAUGGAUGAGGGAGCAUCACCUUCAAUUAAAUCUCUCAAAGACUGAACUUCUGGUUAUACCAGCAAAACCAUCUUUUCAACACAACUUCUCUAUAAGUAUCGACUCUCUCUCUCUCUCACCGACAAAGGUUGCUAGGAACCUGGGUGUUAUGGUUGAUGACCAACUCUCCUUCACGCACCAUGUGGCCUCAGUUGCUCGGUCCUGCCGCUUUGCGCUCUAUAACAUCCGAAAAAUUAGACCGUUCCUGACGCAACAGGCCACCCAACUCCUGGUGCAAGCGGUCGUCAUCUCACGCCUCGACUACUGCAAUGCCCUACUAACUGACCUCCCGGCCUGUGUAGUAAAACCACUCCAGAUGAUCCAGAACACAGCAGCACGUCUGGUCUUCAACCAGCCAAAACGGGCACAUGUCACCCCGCUGCUCAUUGAGCUCCAUUGGCUACCAGUUGAUGCUCGCAUCAAAUUCAAAGCUCUUACAAUCGCCUACAAGGUGAUGACAGUACAGGCUCCUUCCUACCUGCACUCGCUCCUCAAGGCUUACGCUACCUCCCGGCCACUGCGCUCAUCCAGUGAACGUCGCCUCGCUUUGCCAAACAUGCACACAAAGCAAUCCAGACUGUUCUCAUACAGAGUUCCCCAAUGGUGGAACAAACCUACCCUCCACUACCAGAUCAGGAGAAUCUCUCGCUAUCUUUAAGAAACUCCUGAAGACAGAGCUCUUCAAAGAGCACUUACUCUCUUAACACCUCUAACACACUAACUACUUCUAACCUCAUUUCCUUCUUCCUCUCCUUCACUCCUCUAUCCUAUUAUUCCCCUUUGUCCUCCUUUUAUCCCUAUCCAAAGAUGUUUUACCUUUAAACUUAUUUUACAUUGUACUUGACUAUUGUAAGUCGCUUUGGACAAAAGCGUCUGCCAAAUGUAAUGUAAUGUAAUGUAAUGUAAUGAAAGACCGGUAUGCCUUUUGUGUUACGAAGAGUGUUACUGACCAAAAUAAACGCUUGUUAGGAGAGAUAUAAGUUCUGUGUAAAUAUUUAUAAGACAAUAGCUGACAAAAUCUGUUUUAAUGAUGUUAAUAAACAUCACUGUGACAGCGCUAGUCACAGUUUCACCUCAGCAAAGGACGAGGACGUGAAUCACUUAUCUAACCAGCCUUUACUGAUUUCUGCCCCCAAUAACCCUUUCAAUAACCUCCAAUAGCCUUUAAUAGUCUUCAGUAGCCUUCAACAGUCUAACCUUGCAGCCGUGGUGUGUCCACUAAACUCCGUAGUUAUAAACAUCCUGAGGUUAGCAGCGCGCUAACUGACCUGUUUAUAAUGUAAUCAGAGCAGUGACUCCGUGACUCUGCUCUAAACUGCUGCUGUUAGCUGCUUGGGCUGAAAGAUGAACUGUAGAGAGCUGUAUUAUUCGGUUAGUGGGGUUAAAAUCUUUAUUUCAUACACGGAAGAACUUUAAAAAUGCUCCAGACUGGCUCAGCUGAGCCCUGUAGCCCGUGGCUGGGCUGUAGCUCUGACUAAGCAAAGACUGCGGGCUUGUGGUGCUGCAGCUGCAGCUCCGACUAGUGGUUGGAUGAGGAACUGCUAAAUCUGAGGAAAUGCUAAAUCUAUCACAUGUUAUUAACAGCUCACAAUUUUUAAUUUUAUAUUUAUUAAGCCUUAUUUCAGUAUCAAACGUUUUGAUCAAAGUUAAUGUAUCUUGUAUUUUAUGUCAUUUCUAUUCACUUGAAUAGUUUGGUUCUUGAUUGAUGGAGUUUUUGGAUUUCAUAACAUGACAAAUUAAAAGGAUUUAUGUUAAUAGAGCAACAAGCAAACAUUUUUCCCAUGCAACUGUAAUAUUUGAUUAAAUAAAUAGUAUAUUGAGAGUUAUUUAACAUUUAAGGAGUAAUUACAUUCAUUUUAUAUUACAUUUGGUUACAUUUUAUUACAUUUAUAAGUUCCAUCUGGCCCUCAGAGGACAGCCAAUAUGCCAAUGUGGCCCUCGGCUAAAAUGAGUUUGACACCCCUGCUCUACUGGUUUUCUCAUUGGUCUAUGGUUCAGUCAGUCUGAUUAAAAAUCUGCAAGUUAAUCUACAGGGAUAUUUGGUUGUGUUGUGUUGCUAAAGUUAUAUACUCUGUUAUCUUUUCCUUAUUUGGUAUCGUUUUGCUAAAGGUUUUUUUUUUAUAUCUCUAAAGGUACUAAAAAUAUCUAAUCCAUUUACUUUAUUGAUUGUUUUAUCCAGUACCAGCUAUUAUCGUUGUUUUACAUCACCUUAUGUAUUUACUCAUAUUCAUAUCUAUGUGAUUCAAUAAAAGGCUUUUAUAUUGCAAGAUCUGCAAUCUUAUCUAUUCUUUCAACUUAAGCAUUUAGCCAAAAGCUUUUGUGCACAGCCAAACAUACAUUCAAGCAACCACUAUAUACAGUGCCUUGCAAAAGUAUUCGGCCCCCCCUUGAACUUUUCAAACUUUUGCCACAUUUUGGGUUUUAAACAUAAAUAUAUGAUUUUUUUGUUUGUUUUUUUGUGAAGAAUUAACAACAAGUGUGUAAGAAUACGGAGGAGUUUUGCCUUACUAUGUUCAUUGUUCAUUGAUUAAAGGGUUAAUCUGUGUGUAACUAAAUCAGCAUUUCACUUAAUCAGUAUGUUAUUCAAGCAUUUAGCACGAUUCAUGAUGAUUCACAUUGUGACUUAGAAUGUAUGUAUAUUGUGUCCUUGUGCUCAAAGCAAGGCCGUUUUUCUUGCAACUUAGCAUGAUUGAUUUUUUCCAGCAGAACCAUGAGUUUCUGUACAUGUAAUCUAUAGUCUGAUAAGGUUGGGGUGAUCGAGUUCUCGGCUGACGUAUAGGAUGAAUAACUGCUUAUCAGUAUCAGGAUCCGGGGGGUGUGAGGAGCCUCCUCACACACUAUUAGACUGAGGCCAGGCGAAUGCCUGUUUUUAUUAGACUCUGUCUAGGAAGAAGAGUAGAGUUGGUCGGGAGAGCUUCUCCCGAGAGGGACUACAGAGCCACAGGUCCUGUUCACACAGCCGAGAACUCCGGAAACCCCAACUUUUCUCACCUUUGGGGUUUUCCUCUUAUUUUCACCUUUUUAUUUCAAUUCAAUUUUUCAAUAAUCUUUUUACUCAAUUUUUGAUGUAUCCAAAAAAACUGUUUUGCUCAGAAGAUUCUUUGAAUAAAAUCUGACGGAACUACAA